AUGAGGGUUGUAUCAGUGAGGAAGCUCUUCAAAGGCUUACAGAGGACAUUGGUAAGAAAAUGGUUGAAGGUGCAGAGAAGACUCAAUCCAAAUCUUCUGCCUCUUGCAUUUAUAGAGUGCCCAAGGAGAUUCGUAAGCGAAAAGAAAGUGCGUAUACACCUCGCUUCGUCUCUAUUGGGCCUCUUCACGGCAAGGACCAACACAUUCUCAAUUCGUCCGGGCAGAACCUCAAAAGGAGUUAUGCGAAUACCCUUGUUGGUUGAAUAUCGUCCAAGGAGGGCGGAAGAAGAAAAGCUUAAUAAAUCCAAGGGGGUACUAAUGGAAUGUGUAAGGAAAAUGAGAAAGUCAUUAGACAAAGCGAAGAAAUGCUAUGCGGAAGAAGUUGAGGAUGUGCUGGAUGUAGAGAUGUUGGUGAUUGAUGGUUGUUUCAUACUUGAACUUCUCUACAAAUUCACAAAUAACAAGGAGAGCGAUAACAGAAACGAUCCUAUUUUUGGCAACAUCCUAAUGCCCAUCUACGUCCAACACGACUUGCUACUGCUCGAAAACCAACUUCCUUUCUUCGUCCUCAACCAGUUGUUUGACCUCACAGUGGCUCGUACAGUAGGUAUAUCUCGAAAUCAUACUCUUCAUAAGUAUGUCGUUUCAUUUUUUCGUAGCAUGUGGAAAUCAGAAAACAAUGGAAUAACAAUGAUGACAAAGAACAACGACUAUGAUCAUAUCCUCGAUAUUCUACACAACCACUAUCGUCAUCACGAUGCAAAACCAGGACCUGGUGGUCCUAACGUGGUCAUGCCUUGUGCAUCAGAUCUCGAAUAUGCCGGAGUCAUGUUUGAAGAGGGUACCAAAGUCGGGUUUUCUAAACCUCAAGGUCCUUUUCAUAGAGCUCAAUUUAAAAUCCCAACUUUGGACCUUUAUGACUCAACCGAGCCAUUCUUGAGAAACCUCAUUGCUUAUGAGCAGUGUUGCUCUGGUGUUCCUGGUUACUUCACAUCAUAUGCAAUCCUAAUGGAUACACUCAUAAACACUCCCAAAGAUGUCCAAGUGCUUGAAAAGACAGGAAUCAUCCGUAACUAUUUAGGCGCCAGUGAAGAUGCCUCCGAUCUCUUCAACAAUCUCUGCAAAGAAAUUGUUCUUGGGGAGUCCUAUUUUACUGAAACAACCACAGCUGCUGCUAAGUACAGCAAGCUUUGUUGGCAUGAUGCUAUGGCACAUCUGAGACGUAGAUACUUCGCUACUCCAUGGACAUUCUUAGCUUUCUCUGCUGGCUUUAUCACUUUCGGUAUCACCAUAAUUAAAUUUGUCCGUGCUGAUUUUCGUUGA